AUGGUUUAUUUACAUUUUCCUUCAAACCUAACGGAGGAAGAGUUAAUGCUCCAGGCGAAAUAUACAAAAUUAAAAAAAAAGAAAAAAGCGUUACAGUCUUUAAAAGCCCCUAAACCAGAGCCUGAAAAGCAAACAAUUUUACCCAAAAGACCUGCCGAGGGAAGAGAUGCUAAAGAAAGAGCCAAAAAACUUGUUAAAUCAGGUGCCAUAACAACAUCAAAAACACCUCGACGUCCCGAACAAGCGGGAUUUAAAAGACCCAUGGGUUUAGAAAGAAAAUUAUCAGGUGUUGAAAGAACUGUAAGUGGAUAUCAACCAUUUUCUGCAACUCAACCAGAGGAAGCCCCCGAAACAGAAAGUAGGCCCAAAGUGAAAAAUUUAUAUGACAGUUUUGUAUCUGCUAGAGAUAGAGAAGAAAGAGGUUUGGGGGAUAAACAAAAAGAACAGGGAAAACCUGAUAAACCGAGACAAGGAAACACAAUAUUCGUUUCAGGUUAUAAAAUAACUGAAGAUUUAUUAAGAAAAACAUUUCAGGGUAUGGGAAAUAUAGUAAAUGUAUCAAUGGAAAUAGAAAAAAAUCGAGGUUUUGUAACAUUCGACAAAAUGGAUGCUGCCGAAAGAGCAAUUAAUGAAAUGGAUGGCAGCAUGGUCUCAGGAGUUCAAUUAAAAGUUUCAUUAGCAAGAAGGCAACCUGUUGUAGAAGCAAUCAAUGAUGCCAGUUCAUCGUCGACUUGGUCCACAAUAGCAGCAAGUCAUUCUCAAAAAGGAAAUCACAAAGACAAAAGAGAUGUUAUCGUUUAUGAAGAAGAUUUAUUUUCAUAG